GUAUGAACUAAUCUGUCCGUGCGUCCAAACAGGCUAAAAGGUGAGAGGAGGAGAUCUCAUCUCACUUCCCUUCACUUCACUCUGCAACUUCGAGAUCAAGUUACCAGAAGAUUCUGAUCCAAGAUCUUCUCGAUCGUGCAGCUUUUGUAUUCCAAGUUGUUAGCUUUGACGAAAAAGAAUGGCGGCAACAUCACCACUCUACAAUAAGCUCAAGGAUGCUGAACCGUUCUUCUUGUUGGCUGGUCCAAAUGUGAUCGAAUCCGAGGAGCAUAUCCUUCGAAUGGCAAAGCACAUCAAACACAUUGCCACAAAAGUUGGGCUGCCUCUGGUUUUCAAGUCAAGUUUUGAUAAGGCUAACAGAACUUCUUCUAAGUCCUUCCGAGGUCCUGGCAUGGCUGAGGGUCUCAAGAUAAUCAUGUUCAGCUUUUAUGGUUCUCCAACACAGAUUCUUGAGAAGGUGAAAGUAGCAUAUGACCUACCAAUAGUGACUGACGUUCAUGAAUCGAUCCAGUGUGAAGAAGUUGGCAAGGUUGCAGAUAUAAUUCAGAUACCAGCAUUCUUAUGUCGCCAGACAGACCUUCUGGUUGCGGCAGCCCAAACCGGAAAAAUUAUCAAUAUCAAGAAAGGACAGUUCUGUGCUCCUUCUGUAAUGAAUAAUUCGGCAGAGAAGAUCAGACUUGCUGGGAAUCCAAAUGUGAUGGUUUGUGAAAGAGGAACCAUGUUUGGAUACAAUGAUUUGAUAGUAGAUCCACGAAACUUUGAAUGGAUGAGGGAAGCUAAUUGUCCUGUUGUUGCUGAUAUAACCCAUGCACUACAACAACCUGCAGGCAAAAAGUUGGAGGGUGGAGGUGUUGCUAGUGGAGGACUACGUGAGUUGAUACCCUGCAUUGCAAGAACUGCUGUAGCAGUUGGUGUUGAUGGAAUUUUCAUGGAGGUUCAUGAUGAUCCUCUAAGUGCUCCCGUUGAUGGUCCAACUCAAUGGCCUUUGCGUCAUUUAGAAGAACUCCUAGAGGAGCUCAUCGCCAUUGCUAGGGUCACAAAAGGGAAGCAGCGAUUCCAAAUAGAUCUCACACCGUACCGCGAUUAGGAUUGAAGAUGCAAGUAAUCUCCGAGGUGAGAGAAGCAAAUGGGCUGCUCAUCAUGAAACUGUUAAUAAUCUUUAGAGACCAUGAUAAUGCAUCAUCUGUUUCUUAGACGUAAAAUCUACUUAAGCAAAGAUCAUUAUUUGUUUUUGAUUUUAAGAGAAACUGUUAUAAGCAUAUAAUAAUAACUAUGAUCGUCACUCGA